CCGCCCCGUUGCUUCCUUGCAGCCGCGAGCUUUGGAGGCCGGGAGCGGUGGGACUUGGGCGGGCUGAGAUUUGUGCUGGGAAGGUCGUCGGACUUGGAUCGGAGCAGCACUUAGGAGACGCGGUGCAGUCGAAGCCAUCAUGGGGACGACAGCCCCAGGGCCCAUUCACCUGCUGGAGCUCUGUGACCAGAAGCUCAUGGAGUUUGUCUGCAACGUGGACAAUAAGGACAUGGUGUGGCUGGAGGAGAUCGAGGAGGAGGCCGAGCGCAUGUUCACCAGAGAAUUCAGCAAGGAGCCCGAGCUGAUGCCCAAAACACCUUCUCAGAAGAACCGACGGAAAAAGAGACGGAUUUCUUAUGUUCAGGAUGAAAACAGAGACCCCGUCCGGAGAAGCAGGUUGUCCCGCAGAAAGACGCGGAGCAGCCAUCAGAGCUCCCGGCACCUCCGCAGCAAGGACAAGGUGGAGAGGCUGGCCACAGUGGUGGGGGAGAACGGCUCCGUCCUGCGGCGGGUGACCCGUGCUGCGGCCGCAGCUGCAGCAACCUCCACGGCAGCCACGCCUUCGCCCACCCCUGAGUCUCCCACAGUGCUGACCGAGAAGCCCAAGAAGAGCCUGGCCCAGUGCCAGCUGGUACCCAUGGUGGAGAUUGGCAUCAGCGAGCGCCGGAGCGCUGAGCAGCACCUUAGCCAGCUCCAGUCUGCCCAGGCUCCACCCCCUACCCCGGCUCCGGCCGCUGCUCUGGCCUCCCAGAUCACCUUGACCUUGGAGGAGGACUCUACACCCCAGAAGCCAGAGGCCGGGAGACUGGAGUCUGUCACCGUGAGCUCCCUGAUAACUACACCCCAGGACCCCAAGGGCCGAGGGUUUGGAGCAGGAAGAUCCGCCUCCAAGCUCAGAAUUGCCGCGACCUCCCCAGGCCCGCAGGACUCGCCCAGCUCUCCGGCCUCCCCGUGGCGGGAGCGGGUGCUGGCUCCCAUCCUGCCGGAUAACUUCUCCACACCCACGGGCUCCCGUGUGGACCGCAGGUCAGUGCGGCGCAGCCUGAUCGCCCCGUCCUCCCCGGGUCCCCAGGUCUCGCUGGCCCAGAAUUACUCCCUGGUUUCCAAAGAGGAGAGCACCGUCCGAAGAUCAAGCAGAAGGAUUGCCAGGAAGGCCACCAAAGAGCCGGCCGCCUCCGCCCGCAUCAUCUGCCACAGUUACCUGGAGAGGCUCCUGAAUGUCGAGGUGCCUCAGAAAGUGAGCCCCACGGCGGAGGAGCCCAGCAAGGAAGCUGAGCCAGAGGAGGCAGCUGAGCCGGAGGUCCCCAAGAACAGUGGCAGCGCCUUGCAGCUCCGCAGUGCCACCAAGAUCGCCAUUAGCACGCCCGGCUUGCAGCCUGCAGCCAGUGGCCAGGGAACGCCCUCUGAAGGGCGGCCGGAGGCCAAGACUGACCAAGCAGAUGGCCCCAAGGAGCCGCCUCAGAGUGUCAGGAGGAAGCGCAGCUACAAGCAGGCCGUGAGUGAGCUGGAUGAAGAGCAGCAGCUGGAGGAUGAAGAGCUGCAGCCCCCCAGGAGCAAGACCCCUUCCCCGCCCUGUCCCGCCAGCAAGGUGGUGCGGCCCCUCCGGACCUUCCUGCACACCGUGCAGAGGAACCAGACGCUCAUGACCCCGACCUCGACCCCUCACAGCAGCGUGAAAUCCUUCAUGAAGCGCAACACUCCCCUGCGCGUGGACCCCAAGGCGAAGGAGCGGCAGCGCCUUGAGAACCUGCGGCGGAAGGAGGAGGCCGAGCAGCUCCGCAGGCAGAAGGUGGAGGAGGACAAGCGGCGCCGGCUGGAGGAGGUGAAGCUGAAGCGUGAAGAGCGCCUCCGUAAGGUGCUGCAGGCCCGGGAACGGGUGGAGCAGAUGAAGGAGGAGAAGAAGAAGCAGAUCGAGCAGAAGUUUGCUCAGAUCGACGAGAAGACGGAGAAGGCCAAGGAGGAGCGGCUGGCCGAGGAGAAGGCCAAGAAGAAGGCGGCGGCCAAGAAGAUGGGGGAGGUGGAGGCGCGCAGGAGGCAGGAGGACGAGGCGCGGAGGCUCAGGUGGCUACAGCAGGAGGAGGAGGAGAGGCGCCACCAGGAGCUGCUGCAGAGGAGGAGGGAGGAAGAGCAGGAGCGGCUGCGGAAGGCGGCCGAGGCCAAGAGGCUGGCGGAGCAGCGCGAGCUGGAGCGGCUGCAGGCCGAGAGGGAGCUGCAGGAGAGGGAGAAGGCCCUGCGGCUACAGAAGGAGCGGCUGCAGAGGGAGCUGGAGGAGAAGAAGAAAAAGGAAGAACAGCAGCGCCUGGCUGAGCAGCGGCUGCAGGAGGAGCAGGAGAAGAAAGCCAGGGAGGCCGCGGCGGCCAGCAAAAGCCUGAACGUGACCGUGGACGUGCAGUCUCCAGCUUGUACCUCGUAUCAAAUGACCCCACAGGGACACAGGGCGCCCCCCAAGAUCAACCCAGAUAACUACGGGAUGGAUCUGAACAGCGAUGACUCCACCGAUGACGAGGCCCAUCCCCGGAAACCCAUCCCCAACUGGGCCAGAGGCACCCAGCUUAGCCAGGCCAUCAUCCACCAGUACUACCACCCCCCGAACCUUCUGGAACUCUUCGGAACCAUUCUGCCACUGGACUUGGAGGACAUCUUCAAGAAGAGCAAGCCCCGCUACCAUAAGCGCACCAGCUCCGCCGUGUGGAACUCGCCGCCCCUGCAGGGCACCAGGGUCCCUGGCAGCCUGGCCUACAGCCUGAAGAAGCACUGAGCCAGGCCCUCGGGCCUGCUCGGCAGCCUCAGCCUUCAUCUGUGUCUGUAUGUCUGUGUCUCUGUUGGUCUGGUGCCAUCCUGCCUUGUAUCCUGUCGCUGAGGGUUCGGUCAAGUGUAUAUAGACGUCCUCUGUGGGCUACAGGGGGAAGGCGGCUCAGGCCUGUUGGGAGGCCGAACUUGUUGGGUGUUCGGGGAAGACCCAGGGCCAGCCUUGUCUGGUCUGCUGACAGCACUCUGUAAAUAGAUUGUUAGAGUUCAACUGAAUUUUAGCCUCUAGUGUUUCAGAGCUAGAUUAAUAAAGUCUGUUCCUUCAU